AUGGGCUGGACAGCAGCAAACUGCUGCGGGAAAUUCUGGACAGCAGAUUGGAGGUCUUGGGAAGAUCCUGGACAGCUGUUUGAAGCCUUCCCGAUGGUUUUGGAACUUAUUCAGCAGAUAGAAACAAGUAGAAGCCAGUUAAAUACUUUAGAGGACCUCCAUCAUGCCCUCAAAAGGUUAGAAACAAUUUGUUCGCUUGAAGACUUAUUUUGUGGCGUGAAGUGUAUUGAGUUUGAAGACAACUGCAUUAGACUUUCACUGAGGACACCGAUACCUUCUAUGGAUUCCUUAAGUAUCCAAAAGAAGCUUGACUGUUCCUUGGAGCGAACUGCCUUGGAUCAUGAGUUGUUAAUAGAAGUGAAUGACCAAAUGGAACUUAAGAAUAUUGAGAUAUUCCCUGGUGAUGUGUAUCUUGAUGGAAUUAUUAAUGCUGUUAAGUCCUCAAGGUUUUUGCUAACUCAUGCGGCGGAGGAUAUCUUAGGAUGGUUACUAAGACAGAUUCAACAACGCAUUAUUCUCUGUAAUGUAAGGCGUUUAUUGGUGAAAAAUGAGAGCAGCUCCAGACGCUCUAUUGUGUACUCUGACCCGGAUGAGAUAAUUACAACUCAUUUAGAAGGUGGUCUCGUAGCUUCUGUAAAAAUGUCUCAAGGGUGGCCACUGUCAAGUUAUCCUCUAAUGCUUUGGUCGCUAAAACAUUCUAGCGACCAUUCCAAAAGCAUUCCGUGGAAUUUGCUUUGCGAGGUCCAGGAGCAAGCAAACUCUUUGGAGGUUCAUCUGCGGCAGGAUCUUACUCAUUUUGUUGAUGCUAUUGAACGAUUAGUGAUGGAGAUGCAAGCAAAAUACUCAAACAGCAAUGCAUCCUUCUGAGCCUCCAUGUCGGUAUUUAUGAGCAUUUAAGAAAUUAUUCCAUGCUGUGAUUAAGCGCUAUCUCAACUAAAAUGGAAGACUUCAUCAUCUAUAAUAAAUGGAUAAUUCUGCAGCUGUGGCUUUCAGGAGCUUCGUUGAGCUGCAUGGUAAUUCUUAAGAGAAGAUCUUCACAUUUAGUUUGGUUAGCAGUUCAUAUGAAUUCAUCUAUGAUUAUUAUAUCUAACUUUGUUUUUGUCUUUUGAACUAGGUUUAAUUAGUCUAUUGACUUGCUGCUAUGAGCCGUUAUUUUGUUUAACAGCCAAUUUGAGUUGGAAAAUUCUAUAUUUGCUUCUUUUUUUUCA